GCAGCGUGGUCUGCAGCUCAAGGGCAUCCGGGCCGGUGAGUAAGGAGCUCACCGCAGCAGUUCCCUCGUGUCAGAAGCUGCCAUUGAAGCAAGACUUGAGUUUUUCAGCUGAGAAGGGAAGAGAGUCCUAAGAAGCAGCGAUGGAACAAGCAAGGUCAACGAUAUCUAAAAUUUUUAACGGUGAACCACACACCUACACGCGAUUCAACUUGACCCAGAACAUGGAAGGUGACACCAGCCAGGUGGAGAUGAAGCUGUCAUCUGACGUGGACGAGGAGGUCGGGGAAAACGGCGUGGGUGAACAUCGUCAUUCCAACUCCAAUGGGAAACCCUACGUGGCUCAAAAGCUGGGCCGAACGCCCAAAAACCUGUGCUUCAUGGCUGCUGGCAUCCUCCUCGUCUUCAUCAUUGGAUACCUGAUUGGUUACAUGACUGAGGGGAAAAAGGAGGCGGCUCCUGUCUGUGCUUCCUCCGUUAGUAACAUUGAAGGCGACGUUCCCCACGAGACCGGCGCCGCCCCCUUGAUGGACUGGGAUGAUGUCAAACAUCUCCUGGCUGACAAAUUCACCGCUGCCAAAUUAGAAAAAGCCUUCAGUGAGUUUUCUGCGGUCAGCCACCAGGCUGGCUCCCCUACAGACGAAUACCUUGGAAACAGAGUGCUGCAGAGAUUUAAGGAGUAUGGUAUGAAGACCUGGACAGAUGAGCACUUCAUCAAGGUUCAAGAAGCCCCCACGUCUGGCUACAACAGAAUCAUUUUCAAGCAAACAUCAGAGGACCGUCCAAAGGGAUUUCUGUCCUACAGCAAAACUGGAUCAGUACAGGGUGCAGUGCUGUAUGCUCGUUAUGGCCAGGAGGCUGACUUCAGGCAGCUGCGGGGGCAGAACGUCGACAUGAACGGCAGAGUUAUGUUGGUCAGACGUGGAAAGAUUAGCUAUGCUGAGAAGGUUGCCAACGCUGCCAAAAUGAACGCCUCUGCUGUUUUAAUUUACCCAGAUCCAUCUGAUUACAGCUUUGGAGACAACACUGAGCUUUAUGGACACGUCCACUUGGGCUCUGGGGAUCCUUACACUCCAGGCUUCCCCUCCUUCAACCACACUCAGUUUCCUCCUGUGGAGUCUUCAGGCCUGCCCAAAAUCCUGGCGCAGACCAUCUCAUGGAAUAUGGCAAGCAACAUCCUCAGAGGACUCGGUGGUCCAAAUAACCCGGAGGGAUGGGAAGGCUACAUCAAAUUGGGAGAUGUGAAUGACACUAUUACUGUGGAUGUCCAGAACGUCCUUACUGAAAAGAAGAUCAACAAUGUGUUCGGGGUCAUCAAAGGUUUCGUCGAUUCAGACCGAUACGUGGUCAUUGGAGCCCAGAGGGACGCAUGGGGUCCAGGCUUUGCAGCUUCAACCGUUGGCACCACUGUCCUCGUUGAACUGGCUCGCUCCAUUUCAGACAUGGUGAAGAAUGAUGGGUUCAAGCCAAGGAGGAGCAUUGUGUUUGCUAGCUGGACAGCGGGAGAAUAUGGAAGUGUUGGCGCCACCGAGUGGCUGGAGGGAUAUUUGUCUUCUCUGAACAUGAAAGCCUUCACUUACAUCAGCCUGGAUGGCAUUGUAACAGGUCAGAAUGGAUUUAAAGUAGCAGCUAGUCCCCUAUUGCACACUCUGAUUGAAAAGACUCUAAAGGAGGUAAAAAACAAAGAGAUUACUCUGUUUAAUCAGUUUGCAAAGAAUGACUGGGAGUCAACCAUUCUGGAGCAAAUGCAGAUGGAUAACGCUGCCUAUCCAUUUCUCGCCUUCUCUGGAAUUCCAUCAGUAGCAUUUCGGUUUUCUUCUAACAACGCAGAAUACAAAUACCUUGGCACCCUGGAGGACACCCUGGAGAAUCUGAACAUCGCCACAUCCAAACAGGUUCCUCAGCUGGCUGAGGCGGCGGGGCGCUUUGCUGGCCAUAUGGCCCUGAGGCUGGUCCACGACCAUCUGCUGCAGAUGGAUCUGAUGAAAUACUACAAGAUCAUACGUUCCCAAGUUGUCAGAAUUAACGGAAAAGUCAGGGAUGUUCAGCGGUUGAACCCCCAGCUGUUGCCCAAAACUAUUACGAUGCAGUGGUUGAUCUCCGCCCUAGGCUCCUACAGCCGUGCCGCUCAGAACCUGCAAACAGACAUCCAGAACAGUGACCUGGAGGACAUUGAAACGUGUCGCAUCAUCAAUGACCGCAUCAUGGCGGUGGAAAGAAACUUGCUGUCCCACUACGUUUCCCCCAUAGAGGUCCCUUUCCGCCACAUCUUGGGCGGCUCAGGCCAGCACACCUUUAAAGCUCUCAUCAAACACCUCGACAAUCUGAAGACUGACAACCUCCAAGCAGAUGCCGAGCUUUUCCGCAGCCAGUUUGCCCUGGCUACCUGGACCAUCCAGGGCUGCGCCAACUCCUUAGCAGGGAACAUCUGGUCUCUGGAUAACGAAAUCUAAAUCCACUCUUCGACUCCUGCUGACUCCCUUUCUUCACCAUUCUGACCUCCUAUUGUGUAACCAGCCAACAGUUGCACAACCUUUAAAAUCCAAAGUUCUUAAAAUUGAAGUGCCCAUAAUCUAUUAUUUAAUUUUUCUCAUUAUUUUUACUUCAAAUGAGACACUUAAAAAAAAACAAUCUUAAAUGUUUUGGUGCUGUUAAAAAUAUUGUGCCCAUUUUAUAGUUUAUAUUGUUAACCAGCUGAAUGUCAAACAUCCUGAUUGGCCGUAGCAACUAUUAAGGGCAGCAUCACAAACCAUUGACUUUCUACCUGUUUACUAAAAUGAUUCCAACGCCUGCUGUUUGCUGCUGAUCCCAAAUGUUCAAACCUGAGCUGGUUUAAUGUUGGAAGCUGUGAUUUUUAUUAUGAAACCCAGCUGAUCAGUCUCAGAUGGUGCUUAAAAUGAACAGUAGUUAAUUUAACAGAGACCCAUCUGCAGCCGUGUGAUGAUGUAAUAGUCCUGAACCAAUCAGCAGCAGAUCACGCGGCCUUGGAGGCCUCAUAUGUGUCGACCUUUCCCCAAAAGCCAGCGGGGGUAAAGGUGUAAAAACACAUGGCACUGAACCAGAAACCGUGUUUAUUUAUUGUUAUUUAUUUAUCAGUGACAGGGUUCACUAUAAAUAGUUUAUAUUGCCUUUUUUUUAUAUAUAAUUAUCGGGAGCAGUGCCUUCCAUAAUUAUGACAGUUAUACUGUCGAAAUGACAAAAGCAGCAUCUGCUAAACGAAGUGUGCAUGUGAACCGACGGCCCGGACCGAACACUCAGAACAGGGCGGCUGCUCCGGCGUCCCCAGCCGGGUCUCUCGGUACAUGUGCACUUCUCUGACAGCAUUAUCGGGGACAGUGUUUUCCAUAAUGCAGGGGUGGGGGGAGAAGGUAGUUUUUGCCUACCAGCGUGUGUCCGUAUCGGAGGCAGUGCCCUCCAUAUUUCACUGUAGGGGUGGAUAUUUUUUUUUAUUAUCGGGGACAGUGUUUCCCAUAAUGUGUAAAUACAGAUGAUAGCUAUGCAUACAUGUGGCUUAGACUCCUGCUUCCUGUCUGUGUGUUAUGUUAAUCAAACCCUCAUCUGACUGGGAUUAUGUUUUUGGAAGUGGUUCAGGAGGUAUUCUGCUUUAACGCGAAGUGAUGCGAAUCCCCUGUGGUUACAUCACUGGUCCAGUAUUUCUUCUUCUUCCUGGUUUAUUAUGGUUUUAGUUAUGACUGAUUCAUGCAAUGUGAGCAUUUCUUGCUGAUUUCUAUUGUGCCUUUAAGUUUCACUUUAAAGAUUGAAUGUAUGGAGACGUCUUUAGUUAAAAAAUGACUUCUUGUUUGGGUUUUUCUUUUUGUUUCUUCACGCUAUGAUCGAAAGUUUCAGUUGUCUGAGGCUGUUACAACUUUAGACUAGAAUAUCCUGGAAUGAAACCAUAAAUAAGAUAUGAAUUAGAUAUAAAUGGGUCUUUGCUAAGAAACAAAGAUACGACAACUUUGCCAGAUAUAAAUUGAGCUUUCUGCUGCGAUCGAUGAUGGGCUCAGUAACUGAAGCAGUUCUGAGUCUGCAAAAAAAAAGGUUAACAUUCAGUAACUAGUCUAGAAAAUUCCUUUGGGUCAAUAAAUCUUUUGGAAAAUUGUUAAACGUUUUUCUUUCAAAUGUGUGUAAGCAAGCUUUGCUGGAACUUUUUAUUGCAAUAAAACAUCUUAUUU